AUGCAGAACUCCAUAUGGUUGAUUCAUGGCUUCCCAAGGUCUCCGCUUGAAGAUUCCACAUUCCAGACACCUCCACCGAAGCGCGAUGCCCAUGAGCCGAGCGACCCAUCCAACGGUUUUCCAGGCGUUCGCUGGCUUUUGGUGGAGAUUAUCGUCCGGCCAAUCUUUGGCCUCCCUGUCAGCUUGGGUGCCCUGCAGUACUUCAAGCUUGCGUUUGCUGCGCAAGGCCCCGCAGCCGCUCUUCUCCUGGCUCCGUACCUGGCGGCUCCACAUCCUCCCGCGGAGGUCAAGAUGGCUUACAUCUCCGUCUUCUGCCCCAGCUCCUACCAGGACGCGCAGCCACUCAGCCCGAGCUUUUUCUUCCCGGAGGCACGUGCGUUCCGGGAGGAACGUAGCGUGGUGGCCCACUCUCCGCCAAGACUGCCCCCACCACUGCGGCGUUCGCUCAGCUCAGACGAUUCCUUCUGGCCCGACAUGGGGGCAGACUCCUCUCUCAAUGCCUUGGCGCAGGCCGCCGCGGCCGCCGGCGUGGCGCUGCCGGAGACAUCGGCCUCAGUUCCCAGGCUUCGCCUGGAUCGAGUGCAG